CGACGAUGGACAAUGUGUCAUUUGUUUUGAUCCAAUGAAUCCUAUAAGACAAACUGAGUGCGUGCGUCGUUGCAAUGCAAGGUGUGGCAUGCAAUGCGUUGCGUCUAAGCUGCAAGUCUUCACCGCUAUGAGAGAGGCCUGGAUCAGUAGUGUCCGCUGAUAGUGACGCUAAAUUACGCUUGAGUCAUUGUUUAAGCAUCCUGUGUUGGUGGCGCGUUCGUCUUUAGAUUGGAUGCCCAGCAGGGUCAACUCUCUGUACUCGGAUGUUGGCGCUUGGAGCGGCAAAUUUAGACCAGUGAUGGAUGAAAUUGAAUCGGAUGAAGCUUUACGAUUUUAUCAGUUUUUAAAUUAUUUAGAUGGAGGUAGUUUCGGAACAGGUCCAAUUGACGAGUUCGUAGAUGCAAUGAGCAGACUGGCCACAUACAUGAAACAACAAAACAGUCGUGAAACCCAAGUGAGAGGAAUGCGGGAGUUGGAAGCAAUUAAUGGCGAGAAGGGAAAUAGUAUAAAAACUGUUUUAGAAGUCAGCACUGUUAUUAUGAGGAAAAAGCGUAAGUUCUUCUGCACUGGUGAAGUCAAAGAACCAAUUGUUAAUAACAAGAUAAUAUGCAAGGAUAGAAUUUUGCUACCGAUAGCGGGUACAUCUUGUAGAGAUGCAAUUAUGUAUUGGCAUCCUAGUUUGACUGAAGAACAUUAUUGCGUUGGCGCUUUAGAAUCUAAGAGUCCUGUUCACAUUAUGGAUAUUGAAGGUGAAAUGUUUUGCAAAGGCGAUGAUUAUUCGAAGCGGGAAUAUUUAUUGGCUUGUGACUUUUAUGAAGAUCAAGAGGCACCUGUUGCAGAUCUCCUUCAAUAUUACCCCGAUCCAGAUCCAGAAAUAUCUCCAAAGUUAUUCUAAAAAUAAAAAUGCCUGGAAAAGAAACUGUAAUUAGUUGGGACGCUAUCAGGCGCUACGAAUAUUUUUAAUUUGUAUUUUUUAUUUUUAAACCAUGUUUCCAAACGAUAAAUGUACAUUCAUUUUUAGUACAGACAUUGUCAAGUUAAUGUCAUUAUUCACAUUAUAGACGUCAGUGUCAUUGACUAGUCCAUACAGUAGGAUGGACUAGACAAUGACUGCAGACUGAUAUUCGAUUCCAUUGAUUCUAAGAAAUAGCUUUUUUCGCCCGUGUAGAUUCCAAUCCUGUAAGAAUA